AUGAGUGACGAACACAAGCCGCUGCUGGAUGGAUCUGGUGGGGACCCUCACACGGAGGACCGUUUGGCCACCGCGAUUCUGCGGAGAAAGAAGAAGACGAACAAUUUGAUUGUCGAUGACGCGACGAACGACGAUAACUCUGUCAUUGCUAUCAAUUCCAACACGAUGGAUAAAUUGGAGCUGUUCAGGGGGGACACCGUGCUUGUCAAGGGGAAGAAGAGGAGGGAUACCGUUUUGAUCGUGCUUAUUGAUGACGAAUUGGAUGACGGUGCGUGUAGGGUUAACCGUGUCGUUAGAAACAACCUGAGGAUCAGGCUAGGUGAUUUGGUUACUGUGAACGCGUGUCCUGAUAUCAAGUACGCGACGAGAAUCUCGGUGUUGCCCAUCGCGGACACAAUUGAGGGGCUUACGGGGAACUUGUUCGAUGUCUACUUGAAACCGUACUUUGUGGAGGCGUACAGGCCAGUGAGAAAGGGCGACCAUUUCGUGGUCAGAGGUGGGAUGAGACAGAUCGAGUUCAAAGUCGUUGAUGUCGAACCAGAUGAGUAUGCAGUUGUCGCACAGGACACUGUGAUUCAUUGGGAGGGUGAGCCAAUCAACAGAGAGGACGAGGAGAACAACAUGAACGACGUUGGGUACGAUGAUAUCGGUGGCUGUAGGAAACAGAUGGCGCAGAUCAGAGAGAUGGUCGAAUUGCCCCUAAGACAUCCUCAACUGUUCAAAGCGAUCGGUAUUAAGCCACCAAGAGGUGUGCUAAUGUACGGGCCUCCGGGGACAGGUAAGACUUUGAUGGCUAGAGCCGUCGCGAACGAGACUGGUGCGUUUUUUUUCCUAAUUAACGGUCCUGAGGUUAUGUCCAAGAUGGCAGGUGAAUCGGAAUCCAAUUUGAGAAAGGCUUUCGAGGAGGCAGAGAAGAACGCCCCAGCAAUUAUCUUCAUUGACGAGAUCGACUCGAUCGCUCCAAAGAGAGACAAGACUAACGGGGAAGUCGAAAGAAGAGUCGUUUCGCAACUGUUGACUUUGAUGGACGGGAUGAAGGCUAGAUCCAAUGUUGUCGUCAUCGCCGCUACGAACAGACCUAACUCGAUCGACCCAGCUUUGAGAAGAUUCGGGAGAUUUGACCGUGAAGUUGAUAUUGGGAUCCCAGACGCCACGGGGAGAUUGGAAGUUUUGCGUAUCCACACCAAGAACAUGAAACUUGCCGAUGACGUUGACUUGGAGACUUUGGCUGCGGAGACACACGGUUACGUCGGUGCCGAUAUCGCCUCGCUGUGUUCCGAGGCCGCCAUGCAACAGAUCCGUGAAAAGAUGGACCUCAUCGACUUGGAAGAGGAGGAGAUCGACGCAGAGGUGUUGGACUCCCUUGGUGUCACCAUGGACAACUUCAGAUUUGCUCUUGGUAACUCCAAUCCAUCCGCGCUUCGUGAAACUGUUGUCGAGAGCGUCAACGUCACUUGGGAUGACGUCGGUGGUCUAGACGAGAUCAAGGAAGAGUUGAAGGAAACGGUCGAAUACCCAGUGUUGCAUCCAGACCAGUACACCAAAUUCGGGCUUGCUCCUUCAAAGGGUGUUCUGUUCUACGGGCCACCAGGUACGGGUAAGACUUUGCUAGCUAAGGCGGUCGCCACUGAAGUGUCCGCCAAUUUCAUCUCCGUCAAGGGUCCAGAACUUCUAAGUAUGUGGUACGGUGAAUCUGAAUCCAACAUCCGUGAUAUCUUCGACAAGGCAAGAGCCGCAGCCCCAACGGUCGUCUUCUUGGAUGAACUGGACUCUAUCGCUAAGGCAAGAGGUGGCUCCGUCGGUGACGCCGGUGGUGCCUCCGAUAGAGUGGUCAACCAAUUGUUGACCGAAAUGGACGGUAUGAACGCCAAGAAAAACGUGUUCGUCAUUGGUGCCACGAACAGACCUGACCAGAUCGACCCAGCUAUCUUGAGACCGGGUAGACUGGACCAACUGAUCUACGUCCCAUUGCCAGACGAACCGGCAAGAUUGUCCAUCUUGGGCGCUCAAUUAAGAAACACGCCUCUAGAACCAGGUCUGGACUUGACGGCCAUUGCAAAGGCUACUACAGGUUUCUCCGGUGCCGAUUUGUCCUACAUCGCCCAAAGAGCCGCCAAGUACGCCAUCAAGGACUCCAUCGAGGCACACAGGCUCAGACUGGCAGCUGAAGAGGAACGGAAGAAGGCAGAGGAAAAUGUCAAGACGGAGGAAGAUGUUGAGAUGGCUGAUGCCACUGCCAAACAGGAGGCCGUCGAACAACCGGACCCUGUUCCAUACAUCACAAAGGAGCAUUUCGCAGAGGCCAUGAAGACAGCCAAGCGGUCCGUCUCGGACGCGGAAUUGCGUCGUUACGAAGCUUACUCCCAACAGAUGAAGGCCUCCAGAGGCCAGUUCAGCAACUUCAACUUCAACGAACCAGCUCUGGGAACAAACGGUGAUGCUGCGGCAAACGCCGCCGAGGGUAACGGAGCAUCGUUUGGUAAUGCUGCCGAGGAAGAUGAUGACCUUUACAGUUAG